AUUCACUCUCUCCCGGGAAGAAGAAGAAGAAGAAGAAGAAGAAGAAAUCAAUGGGAGAAGUGAACAAGGAAACCCUAGGCGAAGCUACAUUGUCGGAGAAGCGAAAGUCCGAUCUCGAAUCAGAAGCACACGACGACGGCGGCAGCCGAAAGAAGCACAAGAGUGAGACCGGAACCGAAACUCCCGAUACCGUUCUCGAAGCAGAGGGCGAAGCGGACAGAAACGAAGAGGAAGAGGAGAAAGAAGAAGAAGAUAGCGAAGAGGAGGACGAAGGGUACGAAGAAGAAGAAGAAGGAGAGAGUGGGAGUUCGGAGGGGGAGGAGGAGGAGGCUGUGGAUGAUGAUCGCAAAGGGAAGGGGAUUAUGAAGGAAGACAAAGGAAAGGAGAAAUUGAAGGUCGAGGAAGAGAGCGACAGUGACGAUAGUGAUGAUGAUGGUGGUGAUUCGAGCGAUGGAGAUAGCGAUUUGUCGGAUGAUCCGCUUUUGGAGGUUGAUCUCAAUAACAUUCUGCCUUCGAAGACUAGAAGGCACGUUACGCCUCAUCCUGGAUCGUUUCUGGUGACUGAUUUCGAUGAAGAUAGCGACUCUGAUGAUAGAGACGCUUAAGCGAGCGGAUAGAGCCGAGGAAGAGAGGUCAUGGGACCAGUUUUGAUUAGUACUAUUUCUCAAAGCGUGUCUAUAAUUUCAUCACAAGCUGCCUCCUUCUUGUGUUCUCAGGUGAAUGAGGCAUCUUCAGAGACCAUUUUUAAUACAUAGAGCAGUGUAACCCUAGUUAAUUACCACUUAUGCUUUUAGGCUCUUUAUAAUCCCAGGGUCGAACUCUUGAAUUGGGUCAGAAGCUUUACUAGGCUUGAUGAAGACUCAAGUUAUAUUUGAUUCCUGAAUUGGGAUCUAAAGCCAUGGGAAAACUAGUCAAAAUCACAUUGAUAAUCUUUUUUCUAUUGUGCCAUUUAAAAAAGGCACAUUUUACACAGAUUGUAGUAGCAAAGUGCUCUAUGGUUGAGGAAUUUUCUUGCUGCCCAA